AUGUAUAGUCAACAACCGCCACAACAACAACAGUCUCAUUCUAUAGCAGUUACACCAGAGACACCACUAAUCAAUACUCAAGGCGAUCCUAUUGCACACGAUAUUGAAUUGGAGGAUUCAACAAAGUUUUUAAAUCAUCCAAUUUUUUAUUCAGUUUUUUUGGGGUGUAUAGCUUUUAUUAUUUCAGCUAUUACAAGUUAUGUAUCAAUUGAAUAUUAUGCACCAUCUAGUUCAGGGUACACAGUGAUUUCAGCAUUUUCAAUUUUACCAUGUAUUUUGGCACCCUUUAUUAUUCACAAGAUAACACAAAAAAUAACAUUAAUUCUUUGUUUGUUGCUUUUGGUAAUCUCUUUCUUCAUUAAUCAAUAUUCAAAUAAUGGUGUUUUGAUUUUUGGUAGAUUUUUAGUAUCAUUUUCAACAGAAUUAAGUGCUAUUUGCAUUUUAUCAGUUUUGGUUUUGGUUAAUUGGGAUACAAAGAGAAUCAACCAAUUAUUUUGUCUUUAUUAUUUAGUUUCAUAUGCUUUGCAAAUUUCAAAUAGUUAUAUUACCGAUAUAUAUUACAAAGUAGUUAGUUCAAACUUUUUAAUUGCUUUUAUUUUAGUUGCUAUCAUCUAUGCAGCCGUAUUGGCCCAACCAAAAAGAGAUUCCAUUAAUAAUAAAUUAAAUCCACUCCAUACAAUCCACCAUAGAUAUUUUGCAGAAAAAGAAAACAAUUUUGCUUUAUUACUCCCACUUCUUUUAUUUUUUGGUUUCGGAUAUAUCUUAUUCGUUCCAUUCUAUGCUGCUGUUGCCGUAAUCCCAAUAACCAUUCUUUUGGAAAGAUAUGGAAGAUUAAGAGUUUUCCAAAUAUUAAUGGGUAUUGCUCUCAUAUCAGUUGUUACAGCUUUUAUUCUUGCAUAUACCUAUAACAUUGUCUUUGUUGAUGGUUUUGUUUAUGGUUAUACUUCUGGCGCCUAUAAAGGUUUUUACUACAUGUGCACCAUCUCCUUCUCGAUUUUCACUGCUGGCACAUUAUUGAUUCUUAAUAGUAUGGUUUCCACCGGCUCAGUAUUCGACAAAGAAAAAAUAGUUGCCGUUCUUUCAGCCUUCAAGGGUGCUCAAGCUCUCGGUACUUUUUUAUAUUCUAUUUGUAUAUUCUAUAUCUCUCCAUGGGUCGGCUGGUAUCUUUUUGUUAUCCUCUACGUAGUAGGUUGCGUAUUGUUCAUGAUUUUCUUAAAAGUUAAAGGUCAACAUUGUUGUUAA